UUAUGAAUUUGAUCAUUUAGAAUGUAGUUUUUUUGUGUCCGAAAAUAGAAAACAAAAUGUGUACAUUGCUAAAUUUUGGGAAAACUCUUUCAGUGCCAGAUUGUUUUUAAUUAUGGGCCGAAAGAAUGCAAGGAAAACACAGGCGUUUCAAGGUUGUGUAAAGUUUAAAAAAAAUAUGAAUUCACAGAAUCACUUGCGGUAGGAUCGUUUUCUGAGACUGAAUUCGCCACACACCUUUACUUAUCUUCUCUCUUGCAGAUACUUUCUGAGAACAUCAGUCUGAUCAGAGGCAUUAGGCUAAAAUGCGAUUUUGCCAGCUUCGUUUACUUCACAAGAUUGGACAGCAACUUUGUCACUUCUCAACCAAUCCUUUCAAUCCGAGGGUGUGUGUCAUUGGCAGCGGACCAGCUGGUUUCUACACAGCUAAACAACUUCUUAAAGGUAACCCGAAUCUGCGGGUUGAUAUUGUUGAUAAACUCCCUGUGCCAUUUGGACUUGUCAGAUACGGUGUUGCGCCAGACCAUCCAGAUGUGAAGAAUGUUAUCAACACUUUCACAGAAACUGGUUUGAAUUCAAGAUGCAGUUUUCUUGGCAAUGUGAACGUUGGUACCGAUGUUACAUUAGAGGAACUGAGACAGGCAUAUACUGCUGUGGUCUUUGCAUAUGGUGCUGCUGAGGAUAGAAAACUGGACAUCCCUGGAGCGGAUUUACCUGGUGUCGUCUCUGCCCGACAGUUUGUGGGAUGGUACAAUGGGUUGCCAGAGGAUAAAAGCCUUCAACCAGAUUUGACAUCAUCUGACACAGCUGUGGUAAUCGGCGUAGGCAAUGUGGCUUUGGAUGUUGCAAGAAUCCUACUGACACCACUCUCAAUACUCAAGAAAACAGACAUAACUGAGUAUGCACUGGAAGCUUUAGCUAAGAGCAAGAUAAAGACCAUCCAUAUGGUUGGCAGGAGAGGUCCACUCCAAGUUGCAUUCACUAUCAAAGAGCUGCGCGAGAUGAUCAAAUUGCCAGGCUGUCGGUACAUCUUAGAAAGAAGUGAUUAUGAAGGAUUGGACUCAGUUGUCAAUAGUAUUUCCAGGCCGAGAAAAAGAUUGACUGAAUUGAUGAUCAGUACAGCCACGAAAGAACCAACACCUGAGGAUGCAAAACGACGUGCUGAGGCAGAUAAAGCUUGGUCAUUAAAAUUUCUGCGAAGUCCUUUAGAAUUCCUGCCAAAUCAAAAUAGAGAUCAUGUCGAUGCUGUACGUUUCGGUGUUAAUGAAUUACAGGGUGAUCUCGCUGAAAAGCAAUCUGUCAAGUUGACCAACGCAACUGAAGAUAUAUCUUGUGGGCUGGUCCUAACAAGUAUUGGUUAUAAAAGUGUCCCAAUAGACAGUUCAGUCCCAUUUGAUGAGAAGAACUUUGUUGUGGAGAAUAAAGAAGGGAGAGUGACUGGACUGAAAGAUUGUUACUGUGUUGGUUGGGCAAGACGCGGCCCAGUUGGUGUCAUACUCAGCACCAUGAACGAUGGCUUCCAGUGUGGUCGAAUCGUCCAAGAAGACAUUGAUAAGGGCAUCAUUGUCCCGUCUCCAGAACAUGGAGGGGCAGAUGUCAUUUUACCAUUGCUAAAGAAAAAAGGUGUCCAGGUUGUGACGUUUGACGAUUGGGAAAGAAUUUGUGCUGAGGAGGAAAGGCGUGGGAAAGCUGUUGGAAAACCACGGGACAAGAUUACAGAUGUUAAAGAAAUCCUGGAUAUUACUUCUCGUCAAUAAGGUGGAUGUUUGCUUUAUACUGCUUUAAAGCUACUUGCCCUGUAAGGAUUGAAGUUGGUACUAUCUUGGCUGAAUGGAUCAGAUGUAUAAACUGUGAUGUUAAAAAAAAACAGUUUAGAGUGAAAACUCAAGGGAUUUGUUGGAGCUUAUUUUGUUUAAUGUUAUUUGGAUUUCGUUUUUGUUGAAAAUUAUACAGCAUACACGUGUUUUGGAUAUGACUUCAUCUAUUAAUAGAUGCAGGAAAUUGUGUAAUAUUAACAGUGUAAAGCCACCUUAAGUCUUUGCAGGGUUCUAUCUGCAUGCUGUUGCAUGAAUUCCAGCUUGCUUUUGCUCUUCCAAAUCUUUUCUAAGCAUGCUUCUCCACGUGAGAGUUUUGCAGGAAGACUUUAAGUUGGGGGAGAAAGAGUCACUCGGUCAGUAUCUGACAAGUAUAUGACUGGUUAUUUUAAUCUCUUAGCUUCAAAGCUACCCUUGCCAUGGGUGCUUUGCUCGCUUGCAUGAGUUUGCAUGAGCACUUUACAUCAUCUGCUCAUGUAUUUUUUCAUGAAUGUCGUCCUGAUUGCUUUGUUUGCAUGAAAAUUGACAAAUUGCCUAAAGAUUCAUCAACUCGACUGUCCGAUGGUGCUUUUUGUGUAUACAGAUCAAUUAUGAUUAAUAUAUCAAUAAAAUAAUAUGUGCAUGAAA